AUGGACCCUGAUUUUAAUUUCACUGACUAUGACCCUGAUGGACUGGUAUCGCCUUGUACUUUUAGUAACAACAACAGUGUGAAUCAUGUGAUUGGCCCUUACAUUCACUCCAUCAUCUGCAUCCUGGGGUUUGUGGGAAAUAGCUUGGUAAUUAUCACCUAUGCACUCUACAAGAGGACCAAAUCCAUGACUGAUGUCUACCUGCUCAACGUUGCCAUCGCUGACCUGCUGUUUGUCCUCGCUCUGCCUUUCAUUGUCUACAAUGAGCUAUACUCGUGGCCGAUGGGACAGGUGGCCUGUAAGCUUCUGCGAGGCUCUUACAGCGUAAACAUGUACAGUGGCAUGUUAAUGCUCGCCUGCAUCAGCACCGACCGCUACAUCGCCAUCGUCCAAGCUCGCCGCAGCGUCAGGUUGCGGUCAUUGUCAUACAGCCACCUCAUCUGCACCUCCAUUUGGGUUUUCGCCAUAGUGCUGUCCAUUCCCACCUUCAUCUUCUAUGACUGGUACCAGCCGUCACACAGUGAGGUCUUCAAGGUCGACCUAGAAGAAGUGAAGUCAGAACCUCCUGAGUACGUCUGUGAGAUGAGAUUUGGGAACAGUGACACAGCCAAGAAAAUUAAAGUGGCCCUCCCCAGCCUUCAGCUGGCUGUCGGCUUCUUCCUGCCGCUGAGCAUCAUGAUGUUCUGCUACACUGCAGUCAUUGUCACUCUGAUGAAAGCCCAAACCUUCCAAAGACACAAAGCUGUUAAGGUGGUGCUGGUUGUGGUGCUGGUGUUCAUUGCCUGCCAUCUUCCUUACAACCUCUUUCUGCUGUACGACACUGUCACCUUGUUCCACUAUAACAGCUGUGGUGUAGUGGACGCUGUGCAGACAUCGCUGACAGUGAUGCAGACCCUUGCCUACCUGCACUGCUGCUUGAACCCGGUGCUGUACGCCUUUGUUGGGGUGAAGUUCAGGAACCACUUCUGGAGGAUCUUUGGGGACCUGUGGUGCGUGAGCAAGAAGUACAUCACACCACGCCGCUUCUCCAGGGUGACCUCUGACACCUACAUGUCCACAUUCCGCCGCUCAGUGGACGCCUCCAGUGAUAACGGCACGUCUUUCACCAUGUGA